AUGUCUGCCCGAAACCCCACCGGAUUUGAUGUCAAGCAGUUCAAGGCUGCUGCCUCCCAGUCCUCGGUCUUCGCCAAGCGGGAUCCCUGGGCGCGCAAUGAAACCUGGCGCUACACCGGUCCGUUCACUCGCUGGAACCGUUUCAAGGGUCUUUUCCCCGGUCUUGGCAUUGCUACCGUCGCCUUCACUGCCUACUGCGCGUACGAACACUUUUUCCUCAAGGACGACCACCAUCAUGGUGAUGCCCACCACGGCGAGGGCCACCACUAA